AUGGAUGGGUCUGAUGAUGAGCAGGUACCUGAGCAAGUAGAGUUUAAUGCUAAGAGUGACAUGAGAAAUGUUGUACUGAAGAAGGAGAUGAAGUUCCCUAAUGCAAAGGUGUUCAGAGCUGCUUUGAGGGAGUAUGCAAUCAAAAAACCUAUUGACAUCAAAUUCAAGCUUAAUGAGAAGACCAAAAUAUCAGUUCACUGCAAGAAUGGGUGUGGGUGGAGAUGUUAUGCAUCUCAAAUAAGUGGAGAGCUAACAUUUCAAAUUAAGACCUUGACUGAUGACUGUACUUGUCCCAAGUCUUUCAAAAACAGCCAAGCAACAUCAGCUUAUGUUGCUAAGAGGUUCAUUGAGGAUUUUAGCAAAAAUCCAAAUUGGGAGGUGAGUGGUGUACACAACCAUGUGAUGCAAAAUUUAUCUGUUGACCUAAGUGUAAACCAAGUGUAUAAGUCAAAGAGAAAGGCAAAGGAUUUGAUAAAUGGAGAUGAGCAACUGCAAUAUGGUGUCCUUAGGAACUAUGCACAAAUGAUAACCACUGUAGACAAGGGGAGUAGGGUUAUAUUGCAGACAGAAAUGGCUGAGGAGACUUCCCAGCCAAAAUUUAAGAGGAUGUAUGUUAGGUUCAAUGCUCAGAAGGUAGGAUUUUUAGGUGGAUGCAGGCCAUUUAUAGGUUUAGAUGGUUGUCACAUAAAGCACAGAUUUGGUGGGCAAAUCUUAUCUACCACUGCCAAGGAUGCAAAUGACAACAUUUUUCCAGUAGCCAUAACUGUUGUGGAACAAGAAACCAGGGAGUCUUGGAUAUGGUUUUUGAAAAUUUUUGCUGAUGAUAUAGGGAGGCCAGAGGAGCUUCAGUUGGUCUUCAUUUCUGAUAGGCAAAAGAGGCUUAUACCUGCAAUAGAGACACUAUUCCCUACCGUGGAGCAUAGAUACUGUGUGAAACACAUCUACAACAAUUUCAAAGUUGAUCACAAGGGAUUGGAGCUGAAGGAUGCAUUGUGGAGGUGUGCUGCUGCCACAACAGUAAGGGAGUUUGAGAGAUGCAUGCAGUACAUAAGGGAUUUGGAUGAAAAGUCAUAUGAGUAUCUUGCAAACAUUGCACCUACACAGUGGACAAGGUCACACUUCACUCCUAGGGCCUUAACAGAUUGUUUGGGAAGGAUACAGAAGUAUGCUGGAAAGUUGUGUCCAAGCAUACAAGAUAGGUUGGAGAAAUUGAAGGUUGAAAGUAAGGCAUUUAGUGCUACCCCAGCUAGUAGUUUCCUUUAUGAGGUAGGCAGUCAGUAUGAGAGGCAUGUAGUUGAUUUGGUGAAGAAGACAUGUAGCUAUAGGUCUUGGGAUUUAAAUGGCAUUCCCUACAAACAUGCCAUAACAGCCAUUUAUACAAACAUUGAGACACCAGAAGACUAUACCCACCCAUGCUACUUCAAAGAAACUUACAUGGAGAUAUACAAGGAGCCUGCUCCCCUGGCACCUCAUAUAUACAAACCACCAGGCAAACCACCCAAGCAAAGAAAGAGGGCUUCUGAUGAGCCUAGGAACCCUUACAAAGCAAGUAGACAGAACAGACCUGUAAGAUGUGGGAAAUGCAAAAAGGAAGGGCAUAACUCAAGAGGGUGCAAGGCUGGCAUCACUGGGGAGACACCAUGGCAGAGGAGACAGAGACUUCAAAGAGAAAAAGCUGCAAGGGAAGGGGUGCUUGCACCUAGAUCUGCACCUCAGCCUGCACCUCAGCCUGCACCUCAGCCACCAUCCCAGCAGCCUACCCAGACCUACAACAUGAUGUCUGCCACUCAGCCUUCAUCCUCACAGCAAGGAAAUCAACCUAGGCCAUCUCACAAGAGAGCAAGAUGGUUCUCUUCCUCACAACCAGAGUUUCACACACCUAGGGAGACCUGGAAUACCUUACCAAGUUCUUCACAGACUUCACAUGCAAGUGGGAGCACUGGUGGUGUGAGGACUAGAGGACAGCUUGCUGCACAAAGGCCACCAAAAAUGAAUCCAGUGGGUGGAAAGAGGAAAGAGUAA